AAUUGGUUGGUGAAGGAAAACGCGCCUGUUAGAAAAUGCUAAAUACAUGAGCUAAGAAUGAAGUAGAAACUCAUUUGCACCACUCCUAAUGGCCUUAUCCUCACUAUCCCCUCCGAAGCAUGUUGCUACUCAGUCCACAUAUUCCAUUCCAAAACUUUACUACUCUCAUUCCACUACGUUGUCUUUCCCUGCUAUCCAAAAUCCUCAUAAUAUCACCACUUCUCCUCUAAAUCAAAAAUGGCGGACACAUGUUUCUUUCUUCCCUGCUUUUUUCAACAAGACCAAAGACGCUACACCCAUUAAACAAGAGCUUCUUGAGGCCAUUGCACCUCUUGAUCGUGGUGCUGAAGCCAGUCCUGAAGACCAGGAAAUAAUUGAUCAGAUCGCUGGCAAACUUGAAGUUUGUAAUCCAACAAAGGAGCCCCUCAAGUCAAGUCUUCUGAAUGGAAAAUGGGAACUUAUAUACACUACAUCGAAGUCAAUUUUACAGACUCAGAGACCCAAGAUAUUGAGAUCUAGAGUAAACUACCAAGCAAUAAAUGUAGAUACACUUCGGGCUCAGAAUAUGGAAGGAUGGCCGUUCUUCAACCAGGUUACUGCAGAUUUGACCCCUCUGAAUUCAAGAAAGGUGGCAGUGAAGUUUGAUUAUUUCAAAAUUGCUGGGCUAAUACCUAUUAAAGCUCCUGGAAGAGCUCAAGGUGAGCUUGAAAUGACUUACUUGGAUGAAGAAUUGAGGGUAUCAAGAGGUGAUCUUGGCAACUUAUUCAUUUUGAAAAUGGUUGAUCCUUCUUACAAGGUCCCUACUUGAGCUUGUAUCAACUUUUUCUCCUCUGGGAAGAGUUAUUUAUUAGUGUCACAUCUUAUAUAUAUCAUGCUAAGUUUGUGCAGAUUAUUCGAAAGUUUUUUCUCCACUUCAAAUCUAUACAAAGUUUUAUCAAAGUGAGUAAUUUCAAACUUGUAUACAUGCAAAUUUAUCACAGUUUCUUGUCAUAAUCUGCCGGAGUUAGGCUUGUGUACGACAGUACAUUUAUCUUCUCUUCAUGUACUUAAAAGUUUUUUGUGUGAGCACUUAUAUUUUUAUCCUACUUUGUUGACUUGUAUUGGU